UGGGAACGUUCCCAGCACACGAUUCUCUCUCUAUCCGAUCACAUCCCUUCGGAAGAGAGUUUCACUCUUCAAUUUUGUUUUUGCCAGAAUUUUCCAUUCAAUCGCGAUCAUAACAUAACAUUCCCCUUUGUGUGAGUUGAAUAAGGUUUUAAUUCGACAUGUCGGAUCGGUUGACGCGUAUUGCCAUCGUGAGCAACGACAGGUGCAAGCCCAAGAAGUGCCGCCAAGAGUGUAAGAAGAGUUGCCCUGUUGUCAGAACCGGUAGAUUGUGUAUUGAAGUUACUUCUGCAUCGAAGAUUGCUUUUAUAUCUGAGGAAUUGUGCAUUGGAUGCGGUAUUUGUGUUAAGAAAUGCCCUUUUGAAGCUAUCCAGAUUAUCAACUUGCCAAAGGACUUGGAUAAAGACACCACUCAUAGAUAUGGUCCUAAUACUUUUAAGCUACAUAGGUUGCCGGUGCCAAGGCCAGGGCAAGUGCUUGGAUUGGUCGGGACAAAUGGAAUUGGAAAGUCCACUGCCCUUAAAGUUUUGGCUGGAAAAUUGAAACCGAACUUGGGUCGUUUCACUAAUCCCCCGGAUUGGCAGGAAAUUUUAACCUAUUUUCGAGGAUCUGAAUUGCAGAAUUACUUUACUCGUAUUCUAGAGGAUGAUUUGAAGGCUAUCAUCAAGCCUCAGUAUGUUGAUCACAUUCCAAAAGCUGUGCAAGGGAAUGUGGGGCAGGUGCUAGACCAGAAAGAUGAGAGAGAUGCGAAGGAGGAGCUUUGUGCUGAUCUCGAGCUUAACCAGGUUAUAGAUCGUAAUGUUGGUGAUCUUUCAGGUGGUGAGCUCCAAAGGUUUGCCAUUGCUGUUGUUGCCAUCCAGAAUGCUGAGAUAUACAUGUUCGAUGAACCUUCUAGUUAUCUUGAUGUGAAACAGAGGCUGAAAGCUGCUCAGGUUGUUCGAUCAUUGCUCAGGCCUAAUAGCUAUGUAAUUGUUGUAGAGCAUGAUCUUAGUGUCUUGGACUAUUUAUCGGACUUUAUUUGCUGUUUGUAUGGCAAACCUGGUGCAUAUGGAGUGGUAACACUUCCUUUCUCAGUCAGAGAAGGAAUUAACAUCUUCUUGGCUGGCUUUGUUCCAACAGAAAAUCUGAGGUUCCGGGAUGACUCUCUUACCUUCAAGGUUGCUGAGACUCCACAGGAAAGUGCUGAGGAGGCUCAGACAUAUGCUCGAUACAAAUACCCUACCAUGACCAAAACUCAAGGCAAUUUCAGGCUUCGUGUAGUUGAAGGAGAAUUUACUGAUUCUCAGAUUAUUGUGAUGCUGGGUGAGAAUGGGACUGGAAAGACAACAUUUAUUCGAAUGCUGGCUGGUUUAUUGAAACCUGACGCCGUAGAAGGUGGAGCUGAUGUGGAGUUGCCUGAGUUUAAUGUUUCAUACAAGCCUCAGAAGAUUAGCCCAAAGUUCCAGUCAACUGUUAGACACUUGCUACAUCAAAAAAUACGCGAUGCAUACACUCAUCCCCAGUUCAUAUCUGAUGUGAUGAAGCCACUUCUUAUUGAACAAUUAAUGGACCAAGAAGUUGUGAAUCUUUCUGGCGGAGAGUUGCAAAGAGUUGCGUUAUGUCUCUGUCUUGGAAAGCCUGCAGACAUCUAUUUGAUAGAUGAGCCAAGUGCAUAUCUUGAUUCGGAACAGCGAAUUCAUGCUGCCAAAGUCAUCAAGAGAUUUAUUCUUCAUGCAAAGAAAACAGCUUUUGUGGUUGAGCACGAUUUCAUCAUGGCAACUUAUCUUGCUGACAGAGUUAUUGUUUAUGAGGGUCAACCAUCAAUUGAUUGUAUUGCAAAUUCUCCACAAUCAUUGUUGACCGGGAUGAACCUUUUCUUAUCUCAUCUUGAUAUAACAUUUAGAAGAGACCCAACUAAUUUUCGCCCAAGGAUCAACAAACUUGAUUCAACCAAGGAUAGAGAACAGAAGUCUGCUGGGUCUUAUUAUUACCUUGAUGACUGAGUUUUUAUUUACGGGAAGUUGCUCUUUCUCCAACACAACAGUGCAUCAGUUUGAGCUUUUCAUGCGAUCUCAGCUUUAGUUCAUUUGAUGCCUUGACAUAUAAUGUUGUCCUUUUUCCCUUUGAAGGCAUCUUUCUCAAUGAAGAGUCUGCAUGCAGGCCAUAUGCUGGUUGGUGCAUUUGUAUAUGUUUCCCUAAUAUGUAGUGCAGUUGCUCAUCACCAGUUUUGGUAUGACUUAGGUGGGUGAAUCUGAAUACUUCAUGAGUUUAUAUUGGUCUUGGCUUUACUUUUGAUGUCCCAAAUUUAGAGGAACAUUCAUAAUGUCAGAUUGAGUUUAUUGCCAUUUUGGCUCUCAUAAUUUAUCAGUUGAACAUGUAACGGAGUAUAUGUUCACUCCAAUGUUCCUUGAUUUUGAUAGAUGUCUCCUGUUUGGAAUAUAUUGCCAGAGGGUUGAUAUUUUAAUGGUUAUCAUUACAGUUUUAGAUGA